AUGGUUGAAUAUUCUCAUAAACACAAAGAUAAACAUAAAGAUCGAGAACACCGGCACAAAGAACACAAGAAGGACAAGGAGAAGGACAGAGAAAAGUCCAAGCAUAGCAACAGUGAACAUAAAGAUUCUGAAAAGAAACACAAAGAGAAGGAGAAAACCAAACACAAAGAUGGAAGUUCAGAGAAGCAUAAAGACAAACACAAAGACAGAGACAAGGAAAAACGAAAGGAGGAAAAGAUUAGAGCCUCUGGGGAUGUAAAAAUAAAAAAGGAGAAGGAAAAUGGCUUUUCUAGUCCACCAUUGAUUAAAGAUGAACCUGAAGAUGAUGGCUAUUUUGCUCCUCCUAGAGAGGAUAUAAAGCCAUUAAAGAGACCUCGAGACGAGGAUGAUGCUGAUUAUAAACCUAAGAAAAUUAAAACAGAAGAUACCAAGAAAGAGAAGAAACGAAAACUAGAGGAAGAAGAGGAUGGUAAAUUGAAAAAACCCAAGAAUAAGGAUAAAGAUAAAGAUAAAAAAGUUCCUGAGCCAGAUAGUAAGAAAAAGAAGCCGAAGAAAGAAGAGGAACAAAAGUGGAAAUGGUGGGAAGAAGAGCGCUAUCCUGAAGGCAUCAAGUGGAAAUUCCUAGAACAUAAAGGUCCUGUAUUUGCUCCACCAUAUGAACCUCUUCCAGAGAAUGUCAAGUUUUACUAUGAUGGUAAAGUCAUGAAGCUGAGCCCCAAAGCAGAAGAAGUAGCUACGUUCUUUGCAAAAAUGCUCGACCAUGAAUAUACUACUAAGGAAAUAUUUAGGAAAAAUUUCUUUAAAGACUGGAGAAAGGAAAUGACCAAUGAAGAGAAGAAUGUUAUCACCAACCUCACCAAAUGUGAUUUUACCCAGAUGAGCCAGUAUUUCAAAGCCCAGACAGAAGCUCGGAAGCAGAUGAGCAAGGAAGAGAAACUGGUACUGCAGAAUUUCUUAAACCUCUGGAGAAUUUUAGAAUACUCAAGUUCCUUCUCUUUGGUUCAGAGCUCUGAACUUGGAUAUUCAGUGUCUGUCUUUACUCCACCGUCCCUAAGCAAUCCACCUUUGGCGCUGGGUCUUUUGCAGGGUGAGAAAGACUGGCAGAAAUAUGAGACUGCUCGGCGGCUGAAGAAGUGUGUGGACAAGAUCCGGAACCAGUACCGGGAAGACUGGAAGUCCAAAGAGAUGAAAGUCCGGCAGAGAGCUGUAGCUCUGUACUUCAUCGACAAGCUUGCUCUACGAGCAGGCAAUGAGAAGGAGGAAGGAGAAACAGCGGACACUGUGGGUUGCUGCUCACUUCGUGUGGAGCACAUCAAUCUGCACCCAGAGUUGGAUGGUCAGGAAUACGUGGUAGAGUUUGACUUCCUGGGAAAGGACUCAAUCAGAUACUAUAACAAAGUCCCCGUUGAGAAACGAGUUUUUAAGAACUUACAACUAUUUAUGGAGAACAAACAGCCUGAGGAUGAUCUUUUUGAUAGACUCAAUACUGGUAUUCUAAAUAAACAUCUUCAGGAUCUCAUGGAGGGCUUGACAGCGAAGGUGUUCCGUACAUACAACGCCUCCAUCACGCUACAGCAGCAGCUAAAGGAACUCACAGCUCCUGAUGAGAACAUCCCAGCAAAGAUACUAUCUUAUAACCGUGCCAACCGAGCCGUUGCAAUUCUUUGUAACCAUCAGAGGGCACCACCAAAAACUUUUGAGAAGUCCAUGAUGAACUUGCAAUCUAAGAUUGAUGCCAAGAAGGAACAGCUAGCAGAUGCCCGGAGAGACCUGAAAAGUGCUAAGGCUGAUGCCAAGGUCCUUAAGGAUGCAAAAACCAAGAAGGUGGUAGAGUCAAAGAAGAAGGCUGUGCAGAGACUGGAGGAGCAGUUGAUGAAGCUUGAAGUACAAGCCACAGACCGAGAGGAGAAUAAACAAAUUGCUUUGGGAACCUCCAAACUCAAUUAUCUGGACCCAAGGAUCAGCGUGGCUUGGUGCAAGAAGUGGGGGGUCCCAAUUGAGAAAAUUUACAACAAAACCCAGCGGGAGAAGUUUGCCUGGGCCAUCGACAUGGCUGACGAGGACUACGAGUUCUAGCCUGUCUUGAGGGGCAGGAAACAGUUCUGUGAAAAGGAACAGUGUGGUUUGGGGCAGAUGGAUAAACUGUGAGCCUCGACUGCCCUCGCACCUGAGGGAAAGGGGCAGCAAGUCUUAACAAAGCAACAUCUUUGAGAAAAGAUAAACCUGGAAAUAUUAUAAGGGAGAGCUGAGCCAGUUGUCCUAUGGACAACUUAUUUAAAAAUAUUUCAGAUAUCAAAAUUCUAGCUGUAUGAUUUGUUUUGAAUUUUGUUUUUAUUUUCAAGGGGUCAAGUGGAUGGGAAUUUGUCAGAGUUCUGCCAGACAAAUUCACUGUUUCACUGAAACAUUUGGAUUCUCUUAGCUACUGUAUAUGAAGUCCGAUUAUAUUGGUGCGUUUUUACAGUUAGGGUUUUGCAAUAACUUCUAUAUUUUAAUAGAAAUGAGUUCCUAAACUCCCGUCUCCCCCAUUUCAGGAAUUUAAAAUUAAGUAGAACAAAAACCCAGCGCACCUGUUAGAGUUGUCACUAUCUAUUGUCAUGGGAAUCAGUUUUCAUUAAACUUGAAGCAGUCGUGACAUCGGCAGUGUUUUGGUUCAGACACCUGUUCACAGAAAAGCAUGAUGGGAAAAUAUUUCCUGACUUGAGUGUUCCUUUUUAAAUGUGAAUUUUUAUUUCUUUUUAAUUAUUUUAAAAUAUUUAAACCUUUUUCUUGAUCUUAAAGAUCGUGUAGAUUGGGGCUGGGGAGGGAUGAGAGGGGGUGAGCGAGUCUAAGGAUAAUGAAAUAAUCAGUGACUGAAACCAUUUUCCCAUCAUCCUUUGUUCUGAACAUUCUCUGUGCCCUUUCAGAUACCCAUCUUUUUCAUUUUAAACCCCAGUCUUUCACUUGAAAGAUUUUAUUGUAUAAAAAGUUCCACAGGUCAAAAAUUUAGAGGAAAAUGAGUAUUUGGUCCAAAAAAGGAAAAAUAAUCAAGAUUUUAGGGCUUUUAUUUUUUCUUUUGUAAUUGUGUAAAAAAUGGAAAAAAAACCACAUAAAAAGCAGAAUUUUAAUGUGAAGACAUUUUUUGCUAUAAUCAUUAGUUUUAGAGGCAUUGUUAGUUUAGCGUGUGUGCAGAGUCCAUUUCCCACAUCUUUCCUCAAGUAUCUUCUAUUUUUAUCAUGAAUUCCCUUUUAAUCAACUGUAGGUUAUUUAAAAUAAAUUCCUACAACUUAACGGAAA